UUUUAAGGUAAAACUUUACCUUCCGAAAGGAAUAAGACUACUUAUACAAGUUAUAUCAGAGACUGUGAUGGUGCUAAUCAAGAACACUGCAGCUUGUGUUGUGUUUGUGUUUCUUUGUGCUGCCUGGUUCUCCACUGCACGGAUGAACCCUAAAGGUGCUGCAGUUGAUGAAAUUCCGGAUAUAAAGGCAAGUGUUGCAACUAGGGUUACGAAAAGUACUACAGUGAAAAGCUUCGCAACAAUUGAUGAAGGGAAGUUGAGCAAAGCAUGUGCAAAAAGAAAUGGUAGAAGACGUUUGCCUUAUGAGGUUAAUGGAGGUCCCUUGGCUUUUACUGCUGAUUAUCAUCGACCAGCACACCAUCCACCUAAGAAUAACAAAUGAACUCUUAAGUUCAUCCUCUUAAUGGAAG